UCUGUUGGUAAAUUNUCUCUGCCGUGCGGGCGUACUAACUUGUGAGGGAGAUAGAAGCUCUGUUGGCAUGUAGUUUGGGGCUGCGUAUGUGUAAUAUGGGAUGAAAAAGAAAAAAGGGAGAAUAGUCGGACGCCAACGUUAUUUGUGUGUUGUGCAUAUGUGUGUUGUUUGUACUGGUGGUUCCCAAAAGAAAAUUGGAAACAAAGAAGUUUAUGCUGGUUCUACUAAUGUCAUUUGUAUCUGGUUGUUUAUCUGAUUCUACUAAUGCUCAUAUUUCCUGCUGUUGAUGUUCAGUUUCUAAGUUUAUGCUUGUUACUGCAUUUCUCAGUGUGUGUGUUAUAUGUAUCAGCUGAACUUUUGUGGGCUUCCUAUUUGGAAUGAAGAUAUCGCCGUUAUUGUGUUGAAAACUCUUUGGGGGUAUGUCGGAAUAGGUGACGAUUCACAGCCUAGAAGUUACUUUUCUUUCCCCUUAACUUUAAUCUCAUCAUUAGCCACCACAUUAGCCAAAAACAAAAAUUAUAGAUGAAACAGAACGAUGAGCACAUUGUUGGUUUUAUGUUGAGAAGUAAUUGCGAGAAAAAGGAAUUUGAUAUUUUUCAACUUUGUCUCAAAUAUCGAGAAACUUGAUGCCAUGUAUGAUAUAGAAUAAGGUGAAUGUAUCUAUUAUUUCAGGAACUUAAAAGAAAUUUUGAAAAAAGCCUUUAGUGAUGCCGUGAUAGACCUGAAUGCAUAUUGUUAUAGUUUCUUUAAAAUGUAUGAGUUGGUGUGUCCAACGAGACUCUUCUUGUUUUCAACCUUCACCAUCCCUGUGGAUGCUAACGAUCGGCGGCCGGGCCUUGUUAAAUGUCGAGUGAAAGCUUUAGCAGUAGGAUAUUUGAAUAGGUGGGGUGGUAGUUUUUUUUUCAUAUUAGUUAUACAAACUAAUAAAUGACUUAGCUAUGCCUAGCAUAUUUAUUCAAACAUCUUUCAAUAGCAUUAACAUUUGUGUUCAACUCUGGAUCUGCUUAAAACCAAACCAGUGUGGAAAAUGUGAAACUUAUAAUACUUUAUUUUUUCUGUGUGUUUUUUUCUUCUUUUACCAGUUUGAGUCAACUUUGAUUUAAGAUCUGAGGCUUUUAGAAGUGAGUUAAAUGUAAUUGUAAGGUCAUUCAAAAAAGAAGUCAAGUACAGAAGAUUGACCAUUAGAAUUCAUAAAGUAGAGAAUGCAGAAGAACUUCACUCUCCUACAAACAGUAGCAACCGCGGGCAUCUUCUCAGCUAUUUCCUGUACGGGUUCAUGUUCGGGAGAGAGUCGGCCCGCAAGGAGCUCGGCGAUUUGAUCGAGUCCCUCCGCAAUCCCAAUUCUGAUCCGGCUUCCACCGAGCUGCCUCGCCAUGAAUCCUAAAUUUGCGGGAGAUAGAAAUUCGAUUGGUGCCAUGGCUAAGAGCUCUUUCAAAUUAGAACACCCUCUGGAGAGAAGACAAGCAGAAUCUUCUCGCAUCAGAGAGAAAUAUCCUGACAGAGUUCCGGUCAUUGUUGAGAAGGCAGGAAAGAGUGAAAUCGCAGACAUUGAUAAGAAAAAGUACCUUGUUCCAGCUGAUUUGACCGUUGGUCAGUUUGUUUAUGUGGUACGGAAGAGGAUUAAGCUUAGUGCUGAGAAGGCCAUAUUUGUCUUUGUCAAUGACAUGCUUCCUUCUACUGGUGAGUGAGGCC